UCCAAUUAUUCUGUUGUGAAACCUUCUUGUAUUUUGACAUUGUGCAACACGUUUUUUUAAUGCAAAUAUAACUAUUAUUUUUAUCUUUUUUAAAUAGUUAUUCAACUAUGUUGUUUCAUCGCUGAUCAGAGAGUAUAGCAGAAAGAAACCCAUCAAUAUGGUGAAAAACAAUACUGAGUACUCGAAGAUGAGUAAGGAGGAGAGGGCGGUGAUCACGAUAGCCGAGAUAAUACAAGAGCUUCUCGCCGCUCAUAAAGACGGGCGUGAUGUCAAUCUGAAUCGACUUAAGACGAGGAUCGCAUCCAAAUACGGUCUAGAAACGUCACCGAAGCUUGUUGACAUCAUAGCAGCCGUACCGCAAGAAUCGAGAAAGAUAUUAUAUCCAAAACUGAAAGCGAAGCCUAUACGGACGGCCAGUGGGAUAGCAGUCGUCGCGGUGAUGUGCAAACCUCACCGUUGCCCGCAUAUCAACAUGACGGGAAACAUCUGUGUCUACUGCCCAGGAGGGCCGGACUCAGAUUUUGAGUAUUCAACGCAAUCUUAUACAGGUUAUGAACCGACAUCUAUGAGGGCUAUUCGGGCGCGUUAUGAUCCUUAUCUCCAGACGAAACAUCGUGUCGACCAACUUAAGCAACUAGGCCAUAGCGUGGAUAAAGUUGAAUUUAUAGUGAUGGGAGGGACUUUCAUGUGCCUUCCUGAAGACUAUCGAGACUACUUUAUAAGAAAUCUUCACGACGCAUUGUCCGGGCACCACAGUAAUAAUGUCGACGAAGCGGUCAGGUACUCGGAGAAGAGUAAAGUUAAGUGCAUCGGGAUCACGAUAGAGACUAGGCCGGAUUAUUGUCUCAAGCGCCACCUCUCAGACAUGCUCCAUUACGGUUGUACGCGGCUUGAAGUCGGUGUACAGUCUGUUUACGAAGAUGUCGCAAUGGAUACGAACAGGGGUCACACAGUGAGGUCUGUCUGUGAGAGCUUUAAGCUCUCGAAAGACUGUGGAUUCAAAGUUGUCGCGCAUAUGAUGCCUGACUUGCCCAACGUUGACAUCCAUCGUGACACCGAGCAGUUCAUUGAGUUUUUUGAAAACCCAGCAUUUAGAGCGGAUGGGUUGAAAAUCUACCCAACUCUUGUUAUAAGAGGCACGGGGCUUUAUGAGCUCUGGAAAACUGGAAGAUAUAAAAGCUAUCCACCGAGCACUCUUAUCGAUCUGAUCGCACACAUUCUUGCCCUUGUCCCACCUUGGACCAGGGUGUACAGAGUACAGCGGGACAUUCCCAUGCCACUUGUUAGUUCGGGUGUGGAACAUGGUAAUCUUAGGGAGCUGGCCUUGGCAAGGAUGAAGGAUCUCGGGGUUGAAUGUAAGGAUGUAAGGACCAGAGAAGUCGGUAUUCAAGAAAUACACAACAAAGUCAGACCUUACGAGAUUGAACUUAUAAGAAGGGAUUAUAUGGCGAAUGGCGGUUGGGAGACAUUCUUAUCGUACGAAGACCCUGAGCAAGACAUACUCGUCGGCCUACUGCGCUUGAGAAAAUGUUCCGAUGACACUUUCAGGCCUGAGUUGUUAGGGGGGUGUUCGAUUGUGAGAGAACUGCACGUUUAUGGAAGCGUUGUUCCUGUCAGUUCUCGCGACCCAACCAAAUUUCAACACCAGGGCUUUGGAAUGCUCCUCAUGGAAGAAGCAGAAAGGAUAGCGAAAUAUGAGCACGGUUCUAAAAAGAUAGCUGUCAUAUCAGGAGUCGGGACGAGAAACUACUAUAGAAAGAUCGGAUAUGAACUAGAUGGACCUUAUAUGUCUAAGACAUUUUAAAUAAAACCUAUUUUAUUAUUGUUAACAAUUAGUUAAUUUUUAUAAUCCUUUUUACAAUAUUAAUGCUGUUUUACGCUAUAUUCUUCUGUUCACUUUGUCUGUAAUAAAUAUUUAAAAUUUUA